AUUAUUCAGGGUAGUCCAUGGCCUCUGCCGUUGAUGAAGUAUCUUCGGCAUUGGGAUUGUCUCAGAGUUCCAAUCCUGGCGAUGAUCUGAAAUCCCCUGAACAACAUCAGGCGAGCAUGUUUGCAGCAAGACAACAAUUGCAAGCUAAACACAAAGAUUCAAGCAGCUUCCCAACAACCUCUUCUGGAACAAAGAAAGUUGCUGCAAUCAAGCCACAGUUCAAACCUCUUAGCAAGAAGCAGUCCUCAUUUGUCACUCCAUACAUUAAAAAAGAGGACCCCAUUAAGGAAAAUCCUCAGAAACUUUCACCUCAAAAGAAACCUAUUGUAAAACAGCUUGACAAACUUAGGGAACCCAGUCCUGGAGACACUGGAAGACAGCUUCCUACUGUAAGCUCUCGUUAUCACAGUCCAUCAUUGAAAAGAUCCAGGGGCCGGCACAACGAUGAAACUAUUGUGUCAGACGAAGAAAUACAGAAAGCUAAAAUGAUAAAGAAGUCGUUUACCUCACCUGAAAGGAAAACUUUCAGUCCAAAGCCAAGUCCUAAGAAUAGUCCAAAGCUUAGUCCUAAGAUGUGCAGCCCCAAGUCUCGUACCGCAGGAUCACCUAAUCACUCACCGAUUUUGUUUCACUCACAAACUGACGAUCUAGUAAAAGAUGAUAAUGACGAUAAAGAAAUUUACACUCAGAAAACAAUUCCUCAGCUUGUUGACACUGAAAAUAACACAAGCUCUGUUAAAUCUUCCGACACCAAAGUUCAGCUUAAUUCUCUUGAUAAUUUAAAUCAUGUUGCAAACUCACAUACCGCUAUUGUAACAUCUGAACAACAAAAAGCAUAUUUAAAUGCAAUUUCUUACAGCCCUGAAGCUAGCUCAUCUCCCCCUGCUAAUAUGAUAUCGUUGUCUUCAACGUCACACUCUCCCAAAGAAUCAGCUGAGUUAAUAUCUACAUCUAAUAAACAACAAAUUACCUCUCACUCUAAUGAAAUCAUAUCGUCGUUUCCUAACCCAGACACUAUCAAAGAAGUAAACCCCUCCGAUUCAACCGAGAAAAUAUCUUCACCCCCCAAGCCAGAUUUUCCAAAGUCAGAAUCUUCUGAUCCAGAAUCUCUCCAGCCAGACUCUCCUAAAGCAGAAUAUCCCAAAGCGGAGCCAAUCUCUUCCCAAUCUUCACAGCGUAGUACGGCUGAUGUCGUCAAGUCUGCAAUGGAUACACUUCACUCUGAGUCGAGAGUUCUGGUGGAAACUUAUCAUGAUCACUGCUCUGUUGAACUUGACGUCAAGAAUUGUUGUGGAAGUGGGUCUCAGAAAUAUAACGAGGGUGUUGGAUCAGAGUUGGACGGUGAUGUAGAGAAUGGAUUGCAGAGUAAGGUGGAUGAUGUUGAAGAAUGUGUGAUAGAGAAUCUACUGACCCCACUUGAAGAGUCGCUGAGUCUCCCGUCAAGUUCGGAGGGCCUUGUUUUGGUAGAAGAGGCUGAUAAGAAGAAAGGAAAAAAUAAACAUAAAGGAAAAAGUAAAACUAAAACAGUCAACUCAUCUGACGAAGUCGACCGUCAAAAAGUCAACGAUUUCUUCUCCAACAAAUUUGGCCUGUCUUUCUCCACUCCCAAAGGGGCGGACAGACCAAAACCCCUCCUCAAAUUUGCCCGGAAAGACGAGUCCUCGGAUGCGGACUACUCCACAGUACAAAGUCCGGGCAAGUUCAAGUCGACUUUCAGAGCAUUGGGUAAUGAUAAAGUGGAAGGAAAGGAGCCUGAUAAGAAGAAGAAAGCUGCAGAGGAGAAGAAACCUGUGCGAAAAGCUGAACCUAUGCAGAAACAGUCAAGAAAGGUGGAGCAGAAAACGAAGAGAAAGAUCGAGAGAUCACCAAAACGCCCCAGAAAGGAAGAGCCCAAGAAGAGUCUAUCAAUGUCAGCAUCAUCUUCAAGCAGCAGUUCUAGCUCGGAACAGGAUUCGGACUCAGACAGUUGCAUGAAACGAUCUGCAAACUCAAGUGCAAAGUCAACUACAAAACAGAGAGAAAACAAACCAACCCAGAAAAAGCAACCACCGCCACAGAAAAACGCAAAAGAGCAAAAGUUAAAGAUCAAGGAGGAGACGAUGAAGGCCGAGCUUAUCAGAAAGAGGAAGAAGGUAUACUCAAGCAGUAAUAGUAGUGAAAGUGAGAAUGAUGAGUUCACACUGAGCUGUACGAAUAGUGACAACUUAGAAAGUAUUUGGGUGCAAUGUGAGCGAUGCAGCAAGUGGAGAUAUCUCCGAGAUACGUCAGAUCCAAACUUGAUACCUGACGACUGGGUAUGCACUCUCAACCCAGAUAAAAAGUACAACAAUUGUAACGCCCCAGAGGAGAGUUGGACACAGCUAGAUCAAGGCUACGAGUUCGUCUACUCUGCUUACAGUCUAGGAUCACUAGUGUGGGGUAAGAUGCAGGGGUAUCCCUGGUGGCCGGGUAUGAUAGACAACGACCCCCUCACCAGAACAUUCUACUAUAAACACGCCAACUCUCAACUUCCGGAUAAAUACCAUGUGACAUUCUUUGGUAUCCAAGCGACCAGGGCUUGGAUUGGCAAAAAGUUUAUCAAGGUUUACAAUCCUGAUGAUAAAGAGGACCAGCUCAAAUACGACCAGAGAAAGUCUGGUAAAGGAAUGCGGGAGGCCAUCGCUAUGGCUAAUCAAGCGUUUCAUCUUGAACUGAACGAUCGAAAGAAGAUAUACGGGUUCAAGGAGCAGGGUAAAUCUGUUGAAGUUGUGCCGCUUGAUAAUACCUCUAAAGCUAAAGCUACCAAAGAUCGAAAAGUGGUAACGAAAACAGUAAGCGCUAUCAAAAAGCUUAAGCCAAGCUACGUCUCACGGCUGUAUGAAAAAGCUGUUUUAAAACUCUCACAGGAAUCACAAUCCACUCAUACAUUCCACGAUAAUCACCCAGGUGGAGGUCGAGGAAGAGGGAGACCUAGGAAGACUUCGGCUGCGACCGAAAAACCUGCAAAGAGAAAGAAAAUUACGAAGCGAUCAUCUGAUGAACAAAGCUAUAUCGCUACUCCCAGCCGAUUAAAUAGUUUGGAUGUUAUAGAGAACAUUGAGAAUGAGAUUAAUCAAGUUCUCCGGGAUUGCUCUCCUAGCCCCACUGGCUUUGAUCACUGAGGAUGAUGCAAGUGUUAACAACGUUAACAAUAACAUGUUAACGUCAACAGAUAUUCAACUUCAAUGUUAUCAAUUUUUUAACUUCAAUGUCUCUGACCUGCAAAGUUGAAAGUGAACAGUUUUCCAAGAAUUCCAGAUUGGAUAUUAUACCGAUGUGUGCGAGAGGAAAGAAAAUGGCGGUUCUCAAAAUGACGGUUCUCAAAUUGUGGUUAAGUUCUCAUCUGAUAAACAUCUCUUGUACAUUCUAGGAUUAUUCUUAAAAUUUGUGCCUGAAAACCGGUUUAACAAACGUUUUUUGUGUGUGUCACACCACCGACGCGGUUGUUAUGAGAUCUGUGUUGCGUUUGUAUGUCAAUGUAGUUAUAAAGGAAGCUGACAAUAUUUAAGAUAAUAUUAAUGAUAUCAUCAUUAUUAAUAUUGUUAAUAUUAUUAAUAAUAAUAUUCAGGCACGAUUAUGUUGGUGUUACGUCUUGUGAUUUAUUGUAAAUUAUGUAUUAAGAAAAUUAAGUGUUAUAAUGUUAUUACAGGUUAUUAUUAAUAAAUUAUUCUUUUUAAAUCAAUUAAAUUUGAAGUAAUUAUUUGAUCCUUGUUGCGAGUCUGUGGUUACUCAGAUGGAGGGCAAGAGAGCCGCGCGCACACGUGUCAACUUACAUCUGAUUGGCUGACGAUUAGUCACGUGGAGCGGUUUUCCGACGUGAUUGGUCUGCUAACUCAUUGCUUCAUGAUUUCGUCUCUGUGGGACCCUAAUAUGCUACAUUUCACUUCAGUACCUAUAUUUUUGUAUAUGACACUGAAGCCUUAUCCUGACGAAUGUGAGACCAAUAUUUUGCAACAGUGAUCCAAUCAUUGCAUGGUAUGCAUAUACAUAACAUGGUUACAUAGAGUUUGUAAGUAUUCUAAAAACUAAAACGUCGUGUAGGCUGUAAUUUAUAUUUUCUAAAUAUAUUCACAAUUGAUCAUAAACGUUCCACUGUAUCGAAGCUUUUCACAACAGUAUGUUACAUGCCCUCCACGUGCACGAAAAGUCAACAUUCUCUGUUAUAUUGAAUAUUCACGGUUGAUUUUUAUUCUCAAUAUUUCAUAAUAAAGAUUCUUUACACACUCUUUGAAUCUAUUCACUUCUAGAAAAUUGUGUUUGAAUAUUAUACCAGAUAUGUUUAUCAUUAACAUUAUAAUUCUGACAUUGAUUAUUGAGUUCUA